CAGAAAAUGAGAAACGACCAAAUAUUCAUUUCACAGACUUGACAGAGCAACAAGUGCCAACAUCACCAAUUCGUAACUUGCUACGCGCUCUUCUAUUUCCUUCUAGCUCCGGAGUGAAGUACGUUGCUGGGAUCUCUAGAAAAAGAAGAUGGACCUUCUGCCGCGAUCAGUGGAGGAGUUCCGAAACGCUCAAUACUGGGAUGGAUUCUUCAAGAAACGUGGCAAAGAAGGCACAUUCGAGUGGUAUGGCGAAUACAAUGAUCUGUGCGGAGUGCUGCACAAAUAUUGCAAAGCGCCUCAUCGCACUCUGGUCGUGGGCUGUGGUAACUCCCGUCUCAGCGAGGAUCUGUACGAUGUCGGCUACAGGUCACUGGUCAACAUUGACAUUUCAGACGUGGCUGUGCGGCAGAUGGCAGAGCGCAACGCACAGCGGCGACCAGGCAUGCAGUUCCUGAAGAUGGACAUGCGAGAGCUGACGUUCGACGACGGCCAUUUUGAUUGUGUACUGGAUAAGGCCACUCUGGAUGCUAUCAUGGCCGAGGACAAUGCAGACAUCAGCCGUGACGUCACGGCGAUUUUCGACGAGAUCACGCGCGUACUGAAAGCCGGCGGUCGUUACAUCUGUGUAUCGCUAGCACAAGGACACAUCCUGAGGAAACUGAUCAGCUACUUCCCGGAGAAUUGGUUUGUGCGUGUGCACAAGGUCGACAAGCAGUCUGCGUCUAAGCGUGACGCGGCAUCCGCCCUUCCCGUCUUUGUGUUUGUAUUCACCAAGAAGAUAAACACCAGCAUGCCACAGGUGCUAGAAUUGUGUUUGCACGGAGAGGGGCAUAAGCCGGAGCGUGUCAACACUACUGACGAGUUUAGAGAUAACAUCAAGGACGCUCAGAACUUCGCACUACUAUGGCAGCGUCUCAGGAGCAUUCACGUUGGCGAGGAAACUCAGUUUGAUCUCUGGGCAAGUUCGGGUUCAGAGGAGACUAAGAAAGAGCCUCGCUUUACCUUACACGUGGUGGACAAUGCGCGUGUGCGUACAUCCAGCGGCCAGUUUGCAGUGUUCAUUGUACCCCAGGGCAG